AUGAAAACAGUAGCAUCUACUUCAACAUUUAAAAUAGUUAAAUCAUAGAAAAAUACUUAUUCAAUACAAGAUGAACUAAAUUAUUAGUAAGAUGCUGUUUAGGCGAUGGAUUUAAACCUAUAAAACAUCUAAACUAGAUUUUUGUAAAAUUUCGAAGAUGACGAAUAUUCUUAUUUAGUAUCAACUAAUCCAAGCAAAAAUUCAACAGAUUACACUCCGUUAAUUAUGGCUCAUCCUAGUAUGAAUAUUAGUACACAAUAAAAUAUUUAUGAUGUAGAAUUCUAAAAUGAAUAAAGCAAUGACAAUGAUAAGUAUAUGUAUGCAAAUUAAACUAGCUUUCUAAGCGAAAUCUUUACUAUUGAAAAUUCAUGUAAAGAAUUGAUUCAAAUGAAUAACAGCUACAUAAGAACUAUUGUAAAGGAUGGAUAAUAGUAUUUAACAAGGUUUUCACCUAUUUUCGUAUGCUAUGGAAAUUUAUAUGAACAAUAUAGCAGUAAAGUUGCUUACUAUGUUAAAUCAAUUUC